AUCUUCUUGUCAAAAACCUCAUUCUGCAGGGCCCUCCAUCUCCUUAUCUCUCUCAGCCUGGAGUCUCUCUUGACUCCUCUUUUAGUUCUUCAUCAUCUCUCUCUAUCAGGCGCAGCAGUCUGGUGUAACAUACAGUAAAUAGCUGGUCUUGCAUGCCUAUUGUAGUUUUGGGCGCCAAGGCCAGCUAGCAAUAAUCACGUUUGUUUGAAAUAUAAAUAUAGUUAUCAUCAAAUCAAGUAGAAGAAGAAGAUCAGAUUAAAGAAACGAGAUCGAGAUGGCCCCUGUAUCGUUGCCCCCGGGGUUUCGGUUCCAUCCAACAGAUGAGGAAUUAGUAGCCUACUACCUCAAGAGAAAAAUCAAUGGACGUAAGAUAGAGCUUGAAGUCAUCCCUGAAGUUGAUCUCUACAAGUGCGAACCAUGGGACUUGCCAGGGAAAUCACUAUUGCCAAGCAAAGAUCUAGAGUGGUAUUUCUUUAGUCCCAGAGAUCGGAAAUACCCAAAUGGAUCAAGGACUAAUCGAGCAACUAGAGCCGGAUACUGGAAAGCAACGGGGAAGGAUAGAAAAGUGAACUCCCAAAUGCGCGCAGUGGGAAUGAAGAAAACCCUUGUUUAUUACAGAGGGAGAGCUCCUCAUGGUGCUAGAACUGACUGGGUUAUGCAUGAGUAUAGGCUGGAUGAGAGGGAAUGUGAGACUGCCUCUGGCUUGCAGUUGCAGGAUGCAUAUGCCUUGUGUCGCAUCUUCAAAAAGAGUUUGAAUGCAAUAAAGGUUGUAAAUCACUAUGGGAUCGCAGCUAGUGAUCAUUCAUCUAGUAAUAUUGAAAUAUAUUCUGAUGGAAGAUGUGAAGAUAAUGUGGAGAGCUCUGAUCAUCCAAUGUCAUUGUCAUCAGCAUAUCCUCCUAACAAUUCCAUGGCCUCUGCCUCCACCUAUAACAAUAGUGGCACAAAUACUCAUCAUGAUGCUAAAUGGAUGCAAUACUUGUCCGAAGAGGCUUUUAGCUUUUCAAAUCCCUCUAGUUUCCAAGAUGCUGCUGCCCUUUCGUAUCCACCUUCCAAGGUCGAUAUAGCAUUAGAAUGUGCAAGAUUGCAACACCGUCUCUCGUUGCCUCCAUUGCAAGUGCAAGACUUUCCACAGGCUGACUAUGUUGAUAUGAAGAUGCAGGAGGCAAGGUCCAUGUAUGGCGAUACAAGUAAUCAACACCAGGAUAUUUUACAAGAAAUUCUUUCGGUUGCACAAGUUUCUCAGGAACUGAUGAAUCAGAAUUCUUGGAUCAAUGGAAAUGCUUCUGCUGCUGAAGAUGAUUUUUCAUUUCUACCUCAAGAAAAUAAAAUUCAAGGCCAGAAUAAUAGCAGGUCCAUGGUAACCGGACAUAAUGAAGACCUCGGAACUGAGAGAAUGGUUGAGAACUUAAGAUGGGUAGGAAUGUCAAAUAAAGAUCUUGUCAAGAGUUUCCAUGAAGAAUACAAUUGUGUUCCAAUAGAAAACAUAUCAAGUUUUCAGAACAAUCAUAAUUUGCAAGGUGAAAGCAGUCAUCAACAUGACUUCCAAGAAGUUAAUGAUACUGAAGAAACUGAUCAUUUCUCGCUUGAAUUUGUGAACGAUGAUCCAAAUGAUCAUGGCUUCUUAAAUGAUGCAGAAUUGGAUGAUUUCUCAACUUCUCCAACCUUUGAUGUAUAUGAGAAAAUCGAAGUCACCCAUGGUCUCUUUGUGUCUACUCGUCAAGUUCCAGACACAUACUUCCACAAAAUAGUUCCUUCACAGACAGUUAAGGUUCAUAUAAAUCCAAUGAUUGUCCAUAGCUUUCCAAUAUCAGCAGUCGAUGCAGCAGCAAGGCCUUGGAAUAUAAGUCUACUGGACAAGUUCAAGGCACUGAUCACCACUAUAACCAUGGUCGGAACAACCAAAUCCUUGAAGCCAUGGACUAAAACUCCCCACCCAUUUGUCGGUAUAGUAUCACUCAUGAUCACAUUUCUAUAUCUGGAGGAUAAUAUUGAUUAUCUCAUUGAGUUGAGGGAUGUCGACGAUUUGCCUGAUCAAAUGAAGACAGAACAGCUCAGGAAUCUGGAAAAUUUUGAAAUUUUUAACUGGGAGUAUAAGGAAAAGAAAUGUGGAAAUGUGAAGAAAGAAUGGGGCAGUCUGGUAUUGAACAAGGUGUGGCCUUGUGUUACUCUUGCUUUAGCUAGCUAUUUCUUGGGUGCAGCACAUUUUAUGUGAGACAAGUAUUUCCUCCUCUAUCAUGUGUUAUUAUAAAUGUUGUACUAACUCUAUAGUGUGGUGAUAGGAAAGGCACAUAUAGUCUUCCCUUAUUUGGAGUCUAAUCUUGUACUGUGUUUUCUUUUUCGCUUCCAAGUUUUACUAUUCAAGGGGUUGUAAGUGAAUCAGACGGGUUUAUGAAAUAUAUAUUACAUCUCUUCUCUA